AUGACAGAUUUGAACUUGGGCACCUUUUCCGGGACUGAGUUUGCUCAGAACUGCGAGAACCCGACUCAACCCGCCCAAAAUGCUCCACAGAGUGAAGCUCAGCAAGAACAACUUAAACUUGACAAGGACAGGAUUUACAAGCAUCCGAUUUUCCCACUGCUCCAGCAGAUUUUCCACAAAUGCGAAUUGGCCUCUAACUCGGCACGUGACAAAACUUCCGGCGAUCUGACCUCGGCGGAGAGCUUCAAUGAUGAUAUUGCUCACUUCGCCAAGCAGAUUGAAGAUGGACACCAAGAAAAGCCGUCAAUAAAUAUGGACGACGAACUUGACCAACUGAUGAUUUUGUCGAUCCAAGUGCUGCGAUAUCAUCUCCUCGAAAUGGACAAGGUCCACGAGUUAUGCAACAACUUCACCGACAGAUACAUUGAGUGUCUCAAGGGCAAAAUGCCAAUGGACGCCGUCAUUGAAGACCGAGAAAGUCCAAAGCCAGAGGACUCUCCUGAAAACCACCGAGUUUCGCACGCGGCAGCGAAUCCCUCGCUAAUGAUGAACCUCCAUCAACCUCAGCUUGGCCAGAUGGGACAUCAAAAGUCCGAGCUGCGCGAUAACACCGACAUGAGCCAGAAUCACUCGAUGUUGUCCAACACCAGCGCUCUUGGAAGCACAAGAAGCUCUGUCUCGGCCAUGCCUCCUUAUGAUCCGAUGGGGCUCAACGAACAAGGUCCAUCAUCGAACGAAUCUGGCGGUGGCGAUUCCGAUUCUGAAGGACGCAAGUCAAACAAGAAACGAGGCCUCUUCCCCAAACAGGCCACGAACAUUCUACGCGCUUGGCUCUUCCAGAAUCUAACUCAUCCGUACCCUUCUGAGGAGCAGAAGAAACAUCUUAGCCAGCAGACGGGGCUUACAAUUCUUCAAGUCAAUAACUGGUUUAUCAAUGCCCGUCGACGCAUCGUCCAACCCAUGAUUGACCAGAGCAACCGCGCCGUCUCAGCAACGAUGCCCUAUGCUGAUCCCAGAGUGAUGGGGACUUUUGCUGUCUCGCAGAUCGAUUCCCAGCAGCAACAGGCCGCCGCCGCAGCGAUGCUAUCACAUGGUUUCCCUGGCAGCAGCAUGCUCCCUGGUGGAGGCUCGCUCCCGAUCAGCUCCUCGGCCUCGUCGCUAAGACCGGACCAAUUGUACUCUGGCUUCAACCCGAUUUCCGCAAAUUUGGGCUUCCCAUCCCUCCCUGUAACCACAACGCACAGUUCACUGAGUCCCACUGACCUCCAUAUGCUUAGCCAUUGCUAG